AUGAGCCCGACCGACCGAUCGGCCCUUAGCCAGAAGGAAGGAGGCAGCAUGCGGACGAGAACAGUGCGCUCAAGCUCUGACGUGCUACGAGUUAAGAGCAAUGAAGGGGAAAAGAAGUACGUUAGUAAAGAGCAUGUGGGAAAUACGUAUGGGAACUACCGGGAUGAACACCUUACAAACAUGCGUAUGUGUCACAUUACCCAAAUGGGUGACAUAUCAAGUUUUGAAAUGAUUAUCGCGUACUUCUUGGGGAUCCCGCACUGGGCAGACGAUCAAACCAGGAGCCAACCGCACACAACACCUUCACACAAGUCCAGCGUGGAUAACUGGACGACAAGCCCUCGCAAUCCGGAGAAGCAAACCAAGGCUGAAAAAUCCAAAGCGCCAUUAACUCGAAACUUUUUCUCACCUUUGCAAUGCUUCAGCCUGUUCGGCAUAAUGCUACCUCAUCUUCGACCAACUUCAACGAUUAAUGGCGGACUGUGAUAGCCAUCCGGUCAAACAACGGAAAUUUCCGAAUGCCACUCGACUGCGAAUAGCCAAUCGAAAAAUCGGUCAGUAAGAUGUACCGCCAGUUACACUAGCAUUCAAACAGAUCGACGGCAGGGUUCCAAGACGUGGUGGAUUUUCGACUUGCAAGCGUUCUUCCUAUAUAAACCACAGAUUUCCGUCUAAAAACACUGUACCGUGGCGGAUGUGACUCACCGAUGAUUAAAUGCACUGCCCAAGACUUCACACUGGGAAGUGGAUAAGCGCAGCAUGUUAUAAUUAUUGAUACCUACACUACAAGCUACUUUCUUAUCUGCACCUAGUGUCACCACUUCAUUGUAUACGUUAGUAUUGUUUGUCUUUACACUACGCACAUAUGAACACAGGUUAUCGUCGCAUCAAACGGUUGUCUCGCACCAAUACUUUCCUUUUUCUGCAACACCUGCACCUUUUGAACAUCUGCCAAUGGCGUGUAAUGCAGCUUGCCUGUUGCGAAUAGUUGCCUGUAAAAUGUUGACCACGCUACAUAUUUAUUAAAAGCUUUUGGCAUGCAUGUGUCACCA